AUGUUACUGGUGGGGUACCACAGUACAGGUGCAUAUAAGCUUUAUUAUCCAGAAACUAAUAAUUUGAAGUCACUAGAGACGUUGUGGGUGAAAGAGUCUGAAGCAUGGGAUUGGAACAAAUCUCAAUCAAAUGCUGGUGUAGUACCAACACCAGAGUUAGCCUCUGAAGAUGUUUUAGAGAGUUCAGAAGAUGAAUUUGAUUCUGAAGAUCCUGAAGAUUCUGAAGAUGAGUCAGAAGAAGAUUCUGGAAAUUGA